CUUCAGUAUAACCUACCCGAGAAUGCCCUAAAAACAGACAGACGACUAAGUGUCCAGCGGAUAUUAAAAAUUACCACCGACGUCACCCUCGCCUGUUCCUACUUGGCAAAGCACCUGAAUCACCCCCUGAACCUCAAACCAACGAACAUCCUUCUCGACGAAGCGCUGCACGCAAAAAUCACCGACUUUGGAAUCUACGACAUUGAAAAGUGCCUCGACACGAAUAUUGAUCCCUCGUAUGUCGUGCACCCUAACGGCCUAACCACAUUCGAUGCUGUGUUAGCAGACAGGAAGGUGCAGAGGAUGGAGUUUGCGAGCAACGACUUCAGCGAUGUCCUGCAUGUAUAUGAUGAUGAUAAUAAUCUGCACCUGUAUAGUAUCGAACAAAUAGUUGCUUCACCGAGCAGUGCCUACCCUUCCGUUUCAUUCUGGACCCCUCCGGAGAUUCUGAGAGGCCACAAAGGAAAGUCCUUUUACGCUGAUGUCUAUGCGCUGGGAAUUGUACUCUGGGAAAUGUUAACCGACAGUGUCCCUUUUAACUACCCUUUCAAAUCCCACCUGGUGGCUUCCGUCGGAUAUGCGAAAGAAGAACUGACCUACAAUAACAUUCCAGAGCCUGUGCAAGGGCUGAUAAAAUCCUGUGUUCACAGGAACAUGUACAAAAGACCAACCUUUGGACAAAUUCUAGCGGAGCUGUCCCGGCUAUAUGAAAAAGCAAAUACAAAAGCUGAAGAUGCUCUCAUGUCUUUCAUGGAUGGAGUAUAA